AUGAGGAUACGGGAAGAAAAUCAGACCCUGCCAGCAACUCAGAGUGGAUGGUUACUUACUGACUCCAUUUACAAAGUCACCGAGGGCCAGCAGUCUGAAAUAUUCCACAGACAAGCCAAGGGGAACUUUGAUCCCAGCUGCUGCUUCACCAUCUACCAUGGCAACCCCAUGGAGUCCCUGGACCUCAUCACCUCCAGCCCCGAGGAGGCCCGCACCUGGAUCACAGGCCUCAGGUACCUGAUGGCCGGCAUCAGCGACGAGGACUCCCUGGCCAAACGGCAGAAGACCCAUGAGCAAUAUCCUCUCUGGGGCUUUAAUUUUGGGCUCAGUGCAUGUGGAUCGCCAUCGGUAGAGGAAUCUCCUGCAGCUCCCUCCGUGCUGCGGUCCGUCGGCCCAGUCCCGGGGCCUCCGGCCUGCCGCCCGGUCCGCGCAGAGAGCCCGGCGGAGCCCAGCUGGUGGACCCGUGCUGUGCUCGGCUGCGCCUUCCUCCCAGCGCGCAGGAGCCAGCGGCACCGACCUCGCCCCUCGGCCUCGGAUCUCCUCCUCGCGCCCGCUGGGCUCCCGGCGCCUCACUCACCGCUUCGCGCCUCUCCCGCGGCGGGCGGAGGACGGCAAUCGGCUCGGACUUGGAGCCGUUGCCCCGGCCGGACCUGCGCCCGUCCAGCUCGGCCGCCUCCAGCCUGGCGCCGUCCGGCGGCGCGACCGGGACCACCACCGCCGCCGCCGCGGGGCAGCCGCGGAGGAGCAGUUCGUCUACCGCAGCGGGUGGGGCAGCAUGUCCCCCGCCGACCGCAUCGCCAAGGCCGCCGAGAGCCCUGCCGGGAAGCGGCUUCCGUCGCCGCGAACUUGCGACGGAGCGUCAGGAGCGGGCCCCGCUUCAGGGGUGAAGGCGACAGCGACGGCUCUGCUGGUCGGAAGCUGGAGGAAGUGUUGAGGGAUUACCAGAACCGUGCACUGAAGCUCUCACUGAAAUGCCUCCAACCUCAGGUGGUGGGUUAUUCUCAAGUGUCUGGCUGUGUGGAUGUUGUGGCAGACAAAAUAUCUGGUGAGGCUGCAAACCCCAGGAAGUCUCCAUCACUACAAAGGAACAAGGAAGAAGUCAGUCUUUGCACCAACAUGAUGAGGAAGAUAUCAUUAAAGAAGAAACUGAAGCGUGGAGCUAAAGUGAAUACAACAAGGUGGGAUUUAAGCAAAAGGCCUGCCUUCCUGUCUCCUGCGCACCACAGCCCCAGAGUAGGACACUCAGAAGGGAGCAGUGAUGACCGUGUCCAACACCUGUGUCCCUAAGUCAAGACCCACCCAAGACUGUGGUAGGUCAUGUUUGGAGCAAUGCUUUCCUGUGGCUGAGGACUGCCUGCCUUUGGAAAGUGCCAGGAGCCAGGACGGAGAGUGAUGGAGGCAAGAACCUGCCCAUCCAUCCUGACUCCACUCUAAGCCAGGAGGAAAGAAUAUUUCUUAGACCCUCUGCGAUGUGACGAAGCUCCUGUACCUGGGAACUGAGUCAGAAGCCCAGCUAUCAUUGGGUCCAUUUCUUACCUUCCUGAUUCAUCUUCUCUAGAGGACAAGUGAGUUCAGAUCCUGGGUCUACCCCUCAGUAAUGGUGUGAUGCAGGCAAGCUUUCAGCCAUGCACGCCAUUGGUUUCUCAUCUGCAAAAUCAGGCUCCUACUCCAUACUUCCUCUAGGUUGUUGAGAUGAUCAAUGAGGCAACGCAUGCCAAGUGGAGGCUGACACCUCCUGAGCACUGGAUGUGUGUUAAUCUUUUAUUUGCCCCUUUUUCUCUUUAGUUCAUUGAAUACUAUGAGUCCGGACCAUUUCUUCACUUAGAAUAAUGAUCAGUAAUUUCAAAAUGUCAAGCUGAUUGUCUCAUUUCACUCUCUGUUUUACCUUCAGCUGGGUCUAGUCUUUGGCUAAUAGAAAUGCCAUGGUAUCACGGACAUACUAUGGAUUUAUCAAAAUGCAGAGCAUUUGUUUCUCUGAUCUCCCACAGAUCAAAUUGAAAGCAAUAAGCAUUAUGGUAGAUUGGCUAAUUUGAAAACUUGUGUCAUGUUUUCAUUUCAUUAAUCUUAUUUUUAUUAUUUUCAAUAAUGUCGUUGUUUUGUUUUAGUUUAUUCAGAUACACAAAGUUGCUUAGUUCAUGGUGCACUGGUAGCCUGGCAGACAAAGCCUUAUCCCUCACUUAAGUAUUAUUAUUUCAGUCUCCAUAUCUAUCUCCUUUGUCUCCCUCUCCUGGAAAGGCCCUGGGCUAGUCAUUGCCUUGAUGCUCAGAUACAGCUGGUCUGCUUUUUAACACAAAAAACUGACCCUCCAUGAAAUGCCUGUCCAGUCUCCCUUACC